UGCAAGUUGACAGGAUGACAUGUAAGCUUGGCAUGCAGCACAACAGCAUACACAUUCAAGAGCAGUGAUUCUGGCAGACAAGGCGCAGAAUGAACACAUCAGAGAGUGAGCUAAACUACUUGGACUAUGAUUACAAUGGCACCUGUGAUCAGGUUCCCGGUCCAGAGUCGCUCGAUGGAUCCUCGGUCUUGUUGUUUCUCUACUACACGGUGUUUUGUCUCAGUCUGCUGGGCAACAGCACAGUUCUCUGGGUUCUCCUGCGGUACAUGAAGCUGAAAACAAUGACGGACAUUUGUCUUCUUAACCUGGCCCUGUCUGACAUCAUACUGGCAGUGUUCCUGCCCCUCUGGGCACACGAUACUCAGAACCUCGCAUCAUGCAAACUGAUGACAGGAGUCUAUCAGUUGGGUUUCUACAGCGGCACCUUCUUUGUGACCCUCAUGAGUGUGGACCGCUACCUGGCCAUCGUCCACGCUGUUGCAGCCAUGCGAGCUCGGACACUUCGCUACGGAAUCGCAGCCAGCACUGUUAUCUGGGUUCUGUCUGUCAUCAUGGCGUUACCUGGGGUGACAUUUGCAUCCUUGGAGACAGAACCAGAUAACAUCUCCCAGUGCCAGCCACUGUACCCAGUGGAAAGCCAGAACUUUUGGAAGAUGAUGCGAAACUUCAGUGAGAACACAGUGGGCCUCUUCGUGUGCCUCCCCAUCAUGAUUUUCUGCUAUGUGAAAAUACUUGUCGUGCUGUCCAAGUCCAGGAACUCCAAAAAAGACAGGGCUGUAAAGCUGAUAUUCACCAUUGUGUGUGUGUUUGUGGUGUGCUGGGUCCCCUACAAUGUCAUGGUUUUCCUUCAGACGCUGCAACUGUUCCUGGACACUCUGAACGCCUGCGAGCCUUCACAAACCAUCAACUCUGCCAUGAGCUUUGCUGAGAUCAUCGCACUGUCUCACUGCUGUAUAAAUCCAGUCAUCUAUGCAUUUGUUGGAGAGAAGUUUAGGAAGGCACUGGACAAAGUGCUGACUCGAUACCUCUGCUGGAGACAAGAGAGCAGAGGGAUUCACAAAGACACCACAGAGAAAGAGACUUCCAACACCCCUGUCAAAUCAGAUUACUAAGAAUGAUGAACACACCUUGCUGCAAAAAUGGCAAAGUGUGUGUGUACAAGUUACAAGGUAGAUUUAGAAGUCAUUUUUCAAAAGUAGUUUUUUUUAACGCAGUUUAAUAAAUGAAAUUAAAAUUUGUUCUUAAAUCCUGCUAUGUCUUUCUGGAGUCAAAGAAGGAGCUGAUGACUCUCACAGCCUGAGGGAUGAAGCCGCUCCGUACUCUGGUAGUAUGGCACUUACAGAUGUCACUGAUGUUGAUGGGAACCAGUGAAGUUCUGGUCUGUUUUAAUAACCUGCUGUAGAGCCUUCCUGUCCUGGGCAAGUUAACCAGGGUCUUGCCCCUGAAUUUAGCCUAAGUCUCUGAGGAAGCAGAGCCUUUUCUGUGCUUCUGUUAACCUGGCGUGUUGUUGUGCAUGCGUGUCGUUCUUUUGAGAACUUUAAAAAUGU